AUGACCGCCAUGGAGACUCAGACUCAGCAGCAGCAACGGCCCGCGCCGACCAAAGCUGCGGGCCUGACGAAUAUCCUGAACCAGGAAGAUCAGCCGCCAAACCACAGCAUUCCUCCGCCGCAAUUGCGCGAUUCCGGCUUCUACUCGACAGCUGAGGCUUCCAGCAAGCACACGUCGGCCGCCUCCUUUAGCGCAAACGGCCUUAGCCCGACCGGCUCCAGCUACCAGUCUUCCGCCGACAAGACCCCUUCUCCUGUCGCAUCAAACAUGGUGCCGCAGGCCCUCCUUUCUCCGUCCGCCAGCAACAUGAGCGUUGCCUCCAUGGUUUCCCCAACGAGCCCCAGCGGCAACGACCAGCGCCGAUACGAGCGACCGACGUCGCUGGAGUCUCACGGGCAAAACGGGGCUACCCUGGGCGAGAACCUCACGCCAGGUGCUGCGGCUGCGCGCCGUGAGAGCGUGGAUAGCAGGAUCAACCAAGGCUUCAGCGAUAUGCGCCUGGGAGGCUCCCCGUACACGAGCAACAAUCAGUCGACCAGCUCCAUCCAGAACACGCUACACUCGCAGCGAAAUCCCCGGCCAGGGCUGGAGGCCCUGUCCGUGCACAGGAUUUCCAAUGGAUACCAGCCGAGUGCUGAAAGGAACCCCGAGCCUAAGACGAUCAGGACCGCCCCAGCCAUCACUGGUCCUGCCACCAGCCACAUCGCUCGUGCAGCAGAGCCGACCAAGGGCCAGGCAUGGGCUUUCCCCGAGGAGGAGAUCCAAAGGGUCGGCCCCCCUGGCAGAUACGACGACUCGCGGCGCAGCAGCAUCACCGAGUCCAUAGCUAGUAGCCAGUUCACCACCGAGUCGCGACUGCCACCCGGUCAGCGCCGGCUCGAUGACGCGCCCGAUCACGCACGCAUGUCGCAGGCAUCCGAGUACCCCUCCGUGCACCAUCACACGAUGCAGCACAAGCAGCUCAGCGACCUACAGGCCGAAGAGGGCGGCGGCCCCACAGGAUCGCAGCCGUACAGUCGGACUCCUGAGCUUCGUGUUAGCCACAAGCUUGCUGAGCGGAAACGUCGUACCGAGAUGAAGGAGCUAUUUGACCAGCUGCGAGACCUGAUGCCCCAGGAGCGGGGAUCAAAAGCGUCCAAGUGGGAGAUCCUGACCAAAGCGAUCGCGGAACACCAGAGACAGUCGGAGCAUCUCCGACUCCUUCAGUCCCACUACAACACAGCCCUGGCCGAGAUCGAGAUGCUACGUCGCGAGCUGCACGGCGUGAGGAUGGAAGGUGCGCACCCUCCAUCGCAUGCCCAGCAAGGCCCGCCGCCGUCGCAGCCGCCGAGCUCGCAAGGGGGCUCGUACGCGCCUGAUCCCUACGCCAACGCGAACCGCACAGAGCUGCCACCUCUGCGGUCCAUCAGCAACAGUAUACCGAAUGGGCCGGACUCGAUGACGGGCGUACAGUACGAGGCGCCCCGUGUCAACGGGUACCGGCCAGAGCGGUACUGA